CUGACAACAUGCAAUUCGAAAUAAAUAUUUGUCUUCUGUCGGUAUUGUCGAUUAUUGCCCAGAUAUCCGACUCAAGUCAGUCUGCCACAAAUGGUUUACAGGCCACGGACUUAGAUCAACCAGUAUUAAAAGAUGGUUUGACAACUGUGAACGAUACUGAUUCAACGAACGGAAGGAUUUCAAAAGUUUUGAAGUGUUUUAUGAAUUUGUCGGACAAAGGCAACGAGGCUACAAGGAACGAAUGUCAUGACGCCUUUUCGUCGAUUUGGAUUUCAGCACGACACAUGCUACUUGGAUAUGACAAUGAAAUUGGAGAAAGUAAAAAAUCGAAGAAAAAGCAAUGGGAUAUACAGACUUUAAUGCUCGGUGCAGGAGUGAAGCUGAUUUUGUUCUUACCAGUUUUAGCAGUUCUAACGGGAAAAGCCAUUUCGCUAAGUUUGACAUCACUGUUGAUCACGUCUUUGGGUUUCCUCUACAGAAACCAAUUGGACUCGUUUGCCAGACGCAGCAAUUCCGUAUGAUAUAUAUUUUAUACCUAUUUAAAUAUAUUGAUUCAUUCAAUAAAAGGGUUCUGUUGAAU